CCAGAAGGGAACAGGCGGAGUGGAGAAAGAAGAGGCAGCGGAGAUGCACAAAACAAGCAUAAGAGCAUUCACUGAUGACCCGGAACAUCUACUCGCAUACUCGGACGGAUCCUUGACGAAGGUACACGGGAUACGGCGCGUUGGAGCGGGAUUUGUGAUGUACAGAGGGGGUACAGAGAUAUGGGCCAAAUCCGAAGGACUAGGCGGACACGCGGAGGUAUACGACGGGGAGAUGGCGGCGUUGUGCCUUGCCGCUGGUGCAAUGACAUCAAUGGCGAGAGCAGAGCCAAACAUUAGACAUCUUCAUUUAUAUGCUGACAACACCGCAGCUCUCAUGACAAUAUUCGACCCCAAGCCACGCGCCGGACAAC